GGCCGUGUUUUUCGUGACAACGUUUCGCCCGGGUUUACCGUUUCUGUCGAGUCUGGUACGAUCGGUGUUUCCUCUGUCCUGGUUCCAUACGUCGACACUUGGUGUCUGUCUCUUUUGCUCUGCUAAUUGAGCUGGAGAUAGUUCGUGUACCACGCUGAUUUUGUUCACAAGUAAGUGUUGGUAUUACAAAACAUAUUGGGUAUAAUCCUGUAUUAUUAACUUUCUACCUCUGAGGUGCAUGCGUUACGUCGACACCUCAUCCGGUGUUUUUGUACUGGCCCCUGCUACUACUAACUUCGACUGGAGUUGGGGCCACAGCUACUCAUUUCGUUUUCAAUCUCUUUAUUUGGAGGUGCUACACGACACUCCUUCGUGCCUGGGUGUACCCACCGGCCCUGAGGCACUCUCCUGGAGUUCGUGGUGCACUGGUCCUGAGUCGCAAAUUGCCUCAACUGCUUUGCUGUCUUUAUCGAUACCUGUCCCCACUCUGUUCGUCACUUUUCCACCUCGCCCUCGAGCUGUAACUGAGUCGAUACUGAAAACACCACACCCGGUUCUUCGCAAACCGUCUCAACUGCUUUGCUGUCGUCGUUAUACCGGUUCCCACUCUUUUUGUUACUUUUCCACCUCGCCCUCUAGAGUCGUUGAUACUGAAAACACCACACCCGGUUCUUUCAUUCUUUCGUCUGGGAUCUUGUGCCAUCUACCACUGGUUUGCUGAUAGUUGUCACUGCAAGACAACACCCAGGACAACAACCAAGACAACAACACCCGGGCUCAGAUAAGUUCAAUUUUGCUGCUGGGAAAAUGCCUUACCGCUCCCCAAUAAAAAAGAGGGCAUGUGCCAAGAGAUAUUAUGUGCUGAAUUCUGAGGAAAUAAAAGCUAGAGGUAGAUCCCUUUAUUGGUCAGACCCUGAUAAGAUAAAGGUGGUGGCUAGGACCUCCUAUCAUGCUGAUCCUAAAAAGAAGAAGGCAGCUGUUAGGGCCUCAUAUGGUGCUGAUCCUGAUAAAAAGAAGGCUGUUGUUAGGGCCUUAUAUUGUGCUGAUCCUGAUAAAAAGAAAGCUGUUGUUGCAAAUACGUAGGAAACAUGCGGGGUUUUUGCUGGCUAGCAUUAAACUCAUAAAGUCUAUUACACUUAAAGAACACAUUGACUUCGGAAAAGGCUGCCACACUAGUUUGACAGAGCCCUUCUUUUAUGAGGCAGCCUACCUGCAUGUGGGAGAGUCCGCAAUCCCUGUCAAUGAGAAGGGGGAGUGUGUUGUUGCUGAAGAAGUGCCUAUGGAGGCUGGCAGUAAGAAUGAAGAAGGUAAAGAUGCUGCCUCCAACAGUAACCUUUCUCAGGCUGGGAGUGUGGGUUGUGUUUCAGAUGGGAAAGUUUCUGAUAAGGGACAUUCCCAGUCUAAGUUAUGGGAGUGCUCAAAACACUGCAAACCACUAAGUGAAUUUGAGGUCAAUGCCAUUGUAUGUUUUAGGGCAGCUUUUGAGCAGCCUGUUGAGAAAGUAAGACAGGCCUUGGCUGAAUGUGAUAUGGGUUGCCCAUAUAGUCACUACACCAAAUUAGUGGGUUCUCUGCCUGUGGACCUUAAAGGACACCCCAUUGUUUGUUACUCUGGUGACUACUGUACUAGUACCCUGAGAAUACUCAGAGCAGCUUCCACUCAUUUCCCUGUGUUGAGGAGGUUUUUGGCCCACGUGACUUCUGCUCUGAGUGCUCACAGGAUUGUGUACGAUAUUGACAAUGCUUUGAAGAACGGUAACCACCAGAGAUUGCUACAAAUCGCACAGGUUGAGUCCCUCCUGAGUUGUAAUGUAGAGCAAAACUAUCAAAAGCUCACUCCUAUUCAAUGCUCAGCUCUUAGGAGGCCUAAUCUAGAGGUGGAACUAGCCAUUGCGCAUGCAGCACUGAUUGCUGGGUUUGAGAAG